AUGAGCGACACUGUGAGCGUGAGCGAAUGGGCCCUCAUCGCGGAGCAGCUGUUCGCAAUGUUGCCAGUGCAAGGCGAUGCUGUGACAUUGAUGUCAGCGAUGCACGCACGAUGCACGCGACGUGACGGCGUCCGGGCGUUUUGCAACCUGAUGAUGACCUGCCGCGAGCUGUACCUCGACUUGCCGUGGGCAAUGCCCAAGUGGUGCCUGUCAGACGUGCUGCUGACAGAGACUGCAUACAACACGUUCAUCUCACGGGCCGCUUGCCAGCGCAUGCUCAUCGUGGACUGGAUGGACACGUUUCAGCCAGCCCUUGUCCGCGUGGAGGAAGAGGAGGAGGAGGACGAGGACGACGACGACGAAGACACGUCCGCCGGAGGCACCUCAACCACAACCGUAUCCCGCGAGGUGUGGCUGGAGAACCGCUUUCUCGCGUACACCUGGCUUGGCGUCACAUGGGACAGCAGAUGCCCCUUCCUGCAGGCCAAGCUGAUGACAACUCCGCGCACGGCAGGAGGAUUCUGGUCAACGUUUGCUCGGUGCGGACGCGUGCAUUUCGCGAAGCUGUCCGCCAUGGACGCAUGGGCUACUGCAUCGCACGAUGAGCAGAUGGAGGAAGAGGCCGUGGAGGAGGGGCAAGCAGCGGAGGGGAUGGAGGACACUCGCGAUAUGAACACAGCUCCACCAGAACAACACAAGCACCAGCAGCAAGAGCAGCAGUACCAGCAGCAGCACCAGCAGCAGCCACGAAGGCCAGCAGUGUUCUCGCUGGUGGCUACACUGCACAAUCAACAGCAGGUUGAUCGGUGGAGUGCGUUGCGCGACACAACCUUGGCUGGUGUGCAGGGCAGCCGUGUGGACCUUACCGUGACCGCAGGCCUGUCUUCGCUGGCCGCACGUGAUGUGAACAAGCUGUACCUCUCCACGCUCGAGGCUGCCGUUGACCAAGUCUCGUUCGAGAAGGUGGCCCACGUCAACUGGAUGACGCACGAGACACAACGCAGCAUACGCGGCACAUUUGCGGGCGUGGAACGGCUUGUCCUGAACAAUGCAGCAUCGGUAAAUGACAUUAGCGUGCUUGCAGGCAUCCCCGCCAUCACCUUGUCGUGGUACAGCUGUCCUCAUCAGCCUGUGGACCUGGCGUCACCAGCAGGCGUUGACCUUUCGCCACUGUCGAGCAUCAAGGAGUUGUCUCUCAUCAGAGUGCGGUUUGCCAAUGAGCAGCAAGCGUUCGCAACAGCACAACAACUUAAGCUCUCACGCGUUGCGCUCAGAUGUGACACGCUGCAGGCCGCCAACGUCAAGCUGCACUCCCUUCUAACAGCGCCAGAUGUGCUGCACCUCCCAAACGCCACCCACAUUGAGUUGGUGUCGACCUUCCGUGUGAAGCGCGUCACGUGCCCAGCCCGCAUCGACACGCUCAUCAUUGACGAUUUCUCACACACGCCGCCAGCCAUUCCAGAGUUUGAGCACGCGCAUAAGGUGGACCUCAAUCUGAACACGCCGCUGACACGGGAGCAGCUCGCAGACCUGGGCCGGCGCGUCGACAGCCUCGUGCUUCGUGGCACGACUGUUGCGCACAUGGCUGAUUUGCAGGACAUCCCUGACGAUGUCCAUGUGCAGCUGAUGAGCGUGUGCGUUGACGGGCCCGUGCCGACGUGCGUCAAUGCUUUGGAGGUGUACCUGGAGGGGAUUGACGGCUACCGCGGCGCUUGGAUGAGCAAUGUGCCCAACUUGCUCUUGCCUGGUCUGCUGCAGCACCGGCGCGUGCAUGACCUGCAUCUGUUGUCUGGGCGCAAGCUGUUGCACCUGAGUGAGUGCAACUUUGCCGGCGAGCUCUCUCGCUGUGAUCGCCUCGACCUCUCCUUGUGCUCAGGAUCCGUCUCAGUGUCACGCAUCGAGUCGCUGAUCAUCGAAAAGGCAAUACUGGGCUUAUCAUGCAGCGCGACAGCGGAUGGGAGUGGCGCUGGACGCAAGACCAUGGCUCGUGCACGCGAGCAGCUUGUAGUGACGGGCGUGCGCGACGUUGCACACUGCCGGCUGCAGCACUGCAGCAUCGAGGCGUUUGCGGGGUGCAUCGAGCACGUGCAGCGGCUCAUCCUGUCGCGGUGUACCUUUGACAGCGUGGACGACCUCCCGUCUGUUGGAUCACUGGUGCUGCGGGAGUGCACGACGGAAGACAAGGCGUGGCGGUGGCCAGACGUCGUGAUGACUGGCCGCACACCAGCAGAGAUGGCGCACGUCCUCAUGCAGGGGAAGGAGAGAUGUGAGCCGCGCUACUGGAGUUGGUGA